UUCAGUCAUAAACAGUGCAAAUAAUUGGCGAAAGCAGGCGUACAGCGACAGCCAGGGGUGGCGUGUAACCUCGACCCUGUCUGUACACUAACCGCAUGUUUCAUUCAGGCCAAGUGCUCGGUUGUUUUUUGGCGCUUUUGUUGUUUCUUUUCUCAAUGUUUGCUCGAGCAGGCUGUCUUCCCCGGCUGGUAUGGACCGGCUGCCGAAGAAUGGGAAAUUUUACCUCCUCCACCACUGGGGCAUCCAGCACAGCCUGUCUACAGUAUGUUCAGGAGGUGGUGUCGCAGAACUGUGUUGUGAUAUUUUCCAAGACCACCUGUCCUUAUUGCAAAAUGGCCAAAAAUGUGUUCAAUGAAAUUGGUGCAACCUACAAAGUGAUUGAACUGGAUGAGCACAAUGAUGGGAGGAGACUGCAAGAGGCCUUAGCACAGAUGACAGGAGCCAGAACGGUGCCGAGAGUCUUCAUUAAUGGAAACUGCAUUGGGGGUGGCUCUGACACCAAGCAGCUCCAUCAGCAGGGAAAGUUGUUGCCGCUGAUCGAACAGUGUGCUCCCUGCUGCGCUGCAACCAGCUCCGAGGGCUCGGGCAGCGGACAGUUUGAGUCCACCAAAUGACUAACCGUUCUUGUAGUCUUUCUCAAUCCUGUAUUUAUUAAAUGUUUGCUUGAUCUUAUGCUGGAAGUUGUACAUUGCAUUAACACGAGCAUAUUUACUUAUUUAUCAAAGUUUGUUGGAUGCUUGAUGGUAGGCUGCAUACUUUUUCAUCUACAGAUGUACAGUAUUAUUAUUAAAGCUGCCAUCUUUUAAACAAAAGCUGUGAAGACUGAACCUACUUUUUAAAUAUUUUUUACAAUAUUACAGCCAUAAGUAAAGCAUCAUCAAAUGGUAAAUAUCCUGGGAUUGUCAGGUAUCAACAUGUUUGAUUUAAUAACCAUCUUUUUUUAUGGUUUUAAUUGAAUUUUUGGACAUUUUUUUGUGCAAAGUAUUUGAUCUUAUUGAAAAAUGUUGAUAUUUACUAGACUAUGACUAAAAAAUGUAAUUUUUUUUAUUUGCUUGUCAGACCGUUUUUUAUGUCAUUGUACCUCAGAUUUUAGCAGGAGCUGUGCUUGUAAAUUGAUAUUCGGUAGGUGGUUGGUUUACCUCAGUGUAUGAAUAUGCGAAAGGAUCACGAUGCUGUUCGAUGUUAUGAAUAUGUAGAUUAAUUUACGUGUUUAUGAAGUCAUAACUACUCUUAAAUGUUUUCUUAAUGCCUUGAAUGUAUAUUCACGUUUAUUAAACAUGAAUGAAAGUCUAC